AUUUGUUCGGCGAAAAUGGGCGCGGAGAUUGCCGGCGGAGGGUUGGCGGCGCCAUGAGACAUGCUGUGGGGCAGCUGGGGGGCCACUUUGGGGCUCGCCGGACUGCUCGCGGUCGCCGUGCAUUGCCCCCUGUCGUUAAAAUAGGGGCGAUAUUUACCGAAGACCAGAGAGACAGCGCAACAGAGUUAGCUUUCAAAUAUGCCGUCUACAAAAUCAACAAGGAUAAAACUCUGCUGCCGUACACUUCUCUUGUGUAUGAUAUCCAAUACGUGCCCCGUGAUGACAGCUUUCAUGCCAGCAAGAAGGCUUGUAAUCAGGUUCAGCACGGCGUUCAUGCUGUUUUUGGUCCGUCGGAUCCGCUAUUGGGCGCUCACAUACACUCAAUUUGCGAUGCACUUGAUAUUCCUCAUUUGGAAGCGCGCCUGGAUCUCGACACCGACAUUCGAGAGUUCUCGAUCAAUCUACAUCCCGCUCAACAUCUGCUCAACACCGCCUUUCAAGACGUAAUGGCCUUCCUCAACUGGACCAAAGUUGCCAUCAUCUAUGAAGAGGAUUACGGCCUUAUAAAACUACGUGAGCUGGUGCGAUCGCCACAUAAUGGGGACCUGGAGAUUCACCUACGUCAGGCGGAUCCGGAGUCUUAUCGAGCCGUGCUUAAAGAGAUCAAGAGUAAGGAGAUACAUAAUAUUGUCAUUGACACAAAGCCCUCGAACAUGCAGCAUUUCCUUAAAGGGAUCCUGCAACUUCAGAUGAACGACUACAAGUACCACUAUCUCUUCACCACUUUCGAUAUGGAGACGUUCGACUUGGAAGACUUCAAGUACAACUUUGUCAAUAUGACGGCGUUUCGUGUCGUCGAUGUCACCGACUUAUCGGUGCAAGAAGUGCUCCGAGACAUGGCGAGAUUUCAAGCCAACAUCAAUGCCGACUCAAAGCUCAACUCCACCUAUCUGCAGGCGGAAGCAGCCCUGAUAUACGACUCUGUUUUCGUCUUCGCCAUCGGGCUACAGACGCUGGAGCAGUCACACACUCUGAAAUUAUCAAAUGUUUCGUGCGAUAAGGAGCAGCCGUGGCUGGAAGGCCUCAGUCUAAUUAACUACAUCAAUGCGGUGGAAUUCAAAGGUCUCAGUGGUCCAAUAGAAUUCAAAGAGGGACGUAGAAUUCAGUUUAAGCUUGACUUACUCAAACUGAAACAACACGCACUGGUCAAGGUCGGGGAAUGGCGCCCAGGGGCAGGGGUCAACAUCACCGACCGGGCCGCUUUCUUUGAUCCCGGAACCAUGAACGUUACACUAGUCGUUACUACAAUACUAGAAAUGCCGUACGUUAUGCUGCACCCGGAAAAAAAUUACACCGGAAACAGCCGCUUCUACGGUUUUUGCGUUGACGUGCUGGAGAGCAUCUCCAAAGAGGUCGGAUUCGACUACCUCCUCGACCUCGUUCCCGAUCGGAAGUACGGUGCACGCGAUGCUAAAACGGGACAAUGGAAUGGCAUGGUGCGGGAGCUAAUGCAGCAUGAGCAGCCGUAUGUAAUGCUAAGAACCCAAACGAAUGUAGUCGGUAAUGAACGCUACGAAGGCUUUUGCAUCGACCUGUUGAAAGAGAUUGCAUCAAUGGUAGGGUUUGAAUACAGAAUAGAGCUUGUACCGGACAGUAAAUACGGAGUAAUAGAUUUAGAAACGGGGGAGUGGAAUGGCAUUGUCAGGCAGUUGAUGGAUAAGAAGGCGGAUUUGGCCGUGGGAUCGAUGACCAUAAACUACGCCAGAGAGAGCGUCAUCGACUUCACGAAGCCCUUCAUGAACCUCGGCAUCAGCAUUCUGUUUAAGGUGCCGACCAGUCAGCAAGCGCGUCUCUUUUCAUUCAUGAAUCCGCUGGCGAUGGAUAUCUGGAUGUACGUGUUCUCGGCCUACGUCUUGGUCUCCAUAACCAUGUUUGUAGUGGCCCGAUUCUCGCCGUACGAGUGGCACAAUCCACAUCCUUGCGAUAUGGAGAACGAGCUGGUGGAGAACCAGUUCUCGUUAGCGAACUCGUUCUGGUUCACGAUCGGGACGCUGAUGCAGCAAGGAUCGGAUUUGAAUCCGAAGGCAACUUCGACGCGAAUAGUUGGCGGUAUUUGGUGGUUCUUCACCCUGAUAAUAAUCUCCUCGUACACGGCAAACUUGGCUGCAUUCCUCACCGUGGAACGUAUGAUAACUCCCAUCGAAAAUGCGGAGGAUCUUGCAGGUCAGACUGAAAUUCCUUACGGAACACUCGAAAGCGGCUCGACAAUGACUUUCUUCAGAGACUCCAUGAUAGAGACGUACAAGAAAAUGUGGCGCUUUAUGGAGAACCGGAAGCCGUCCGUAUUCGUCCCCACGUACGAGGAGGGCAUCCAGCGGGUGCUGGAGGGGAAUUACGCAUUUCUUAUGGAAUCGACGAUGCUAGAUUACACCGUCCAACGUGACUGCAAUUUGACCCAAAUCGGGGGCCUCCUGGACUCCAAGGGAUACGGGAUAGCCACUCCCAUGGGGAGCCCGUGGCGGGACAAGAUCUCGCUCGCGAUAUUAGAGUUACAGGAAAAGGGAGAGAUUCAAAUGUUGUACGACAAAUGGUGGAAGAAUACGGGGGAGACGUGCAGCAGGAACGAGAAGGGAAAGGAGUCCAAAGCGAAUUCUUUGGGUGUCGAUAACAUCGGAGGGGUUUUCGUCGUGCUACUCUGCGGACUCGCGUUCGCCGUCAUCAUCGCAAUCUGCGAGUUCUGCUACAAUUCCAAGAAAAACGCACUCACCGAAAAACGCUCGGCUAGCGCCCCGCACCAGUCCCUGUGCUCAGAAAUGGGGGGCGAGCUGUGCUUCGCCCUCCGCUGCCGGGGCUCCCGCCAACGUCCAGCGCUGCGCCGCCAAUGCUCCAAAUGCCUGCCAGGGGCGACGUACGUCCCCGCCAUGCUGGACAUACCGCCCCAUCCGCCGCAGCCCCCGUCCAGGCCGCCCCCGACCAACGGUCUUUCGGCACAUGUUUGCCCGGAAGACACAUCCUUGCGCGAUCGCAUGAUGAUACCCCUGGAACUGCAACACCACAUGCAGCCCCAGCACCCCCUUCAUCAGCAGCUGGACAACUAGGAGUAAAAGUAGCGAAAUAACUCGUUUGGACUUUCGCCUCUUAGAGAUGGUACAAUUAGUGCAUAAGUUGUUCAUUCUCUUAACUAGGUUUAGAUUUUAAUCGUCUCAUGCAAGGAGUUGUCGAUCUUCCGUCCUUUCUACGACUUCUUGCAUGAAACCUCCGAAUGCAUUUUAAAAGUAUUGUAAAUAACAGCACGUAUUUUCAUGUGUGAAUGUUUAACAAUAAAAAUUAUGUAACUGGA